AUGGCUGAGCAUAUUGAUCGAACGCGUCUUCUUACUAAUCUUCGUUAUAAUUUUGAUUAUAUAUCAAAAUUUCUUAAUUUUACUAAAGAUGAUAUUAAUACACUUAAUUCAUUGGCACCAAUUUUAUUUCCACGUAUUUCAUCAAUUGUUGAAACAGUUUAUAAAAAAUUAUAUUCAUUUGAUAUAACCAAACAAUAUUUUGUUCGUCGUAAUGAUGAUUUUGAAGUAUUUUCAUCGAAUACUGAAAUUAAUGGUACAAUUUUAUCUGCACAAACGGAUUUUCGAAAAGAUAUGUUAAGUAUGUAUUUAAAACGGAUAUUAAUACAAUCAGAAUGGAAUGAUGCAUUUUUACAAUUUCUAUCAUAUGUUGGUGAAUUACAUGGAAAUAAUAAAAAUUCUCAAAGUAUUAAUGUUGAUUAUAUUCAUGUAAAUGCAUUACUUGGUUAUCUUGAACAUUUAAUUCUUGAUAUAAUAUGGAAUAUAGAAAAUUUGGAUAUGAAAAAGAAACGUGAUAGUAUACGAACAAUAAAUAAAUUUUUUUGGAUACAAAAUCACUUUUUUACAAUGCAUUAUGGAAUAUCAUUAAAGGAUACAACUAAUAACAAAUGA